AUGUCGGAGCUCGCUGGCAAGAUGGAUUCCACAUCCGCCAGGCCGUCUCGCCAUCAAGAUGAGGCAACUGCUGGCCAGGAUGAAGAUAACGUGUAUGGUUUCCAAUUCGACGACCGAGGGGAUCAUCCUAGCUCACCUGAGCCGUCUGGAGCCGAUGAAAGUCAAGAUCUCCCUAUUUAUGACGACCCAGAUGGAUCGAUGUUUUCAGGCCCCGUUGCAGAAGUUACCCCCAGUAGUGUCACGACGAUGCACUUGGAUAGCCGGUUUGACUCCAGGUCAUGCAGGAGCACUCGCAGUCGAAGGCAAGGAACUUCAAUUCGUGAUUCUCGUCCCCCAAGUCGAAGGAAACCAUCUAUCGGAAGUCGAUCUGUACGGAGUCGCGCCCCAAGUAAAUCUAAUCGAUCCCACCGGGCACAGGAUGAUCGGAAAAGUGAGGCAGGCGUUAGCGUGGCAUCUUCGCGUCGUCGAGCCGAUUUGUCCAAAACCAGGACUCAAGACCAUAUUCCAACGACUCCCACCGAAGAGCCAGAGUCUGGAUUUUUUAACAACUUAUCUGCCUUUCUCAAGGGAAAGGGUCGAUCCCGCAGUAGAGACUCUCGCGCAAGUUCCAAUCGUGAAAACUAUCAUUAUCACACUGUCAAUAACAAACAACGACGCCAAUCUCAGAGUAGAUCGAUUCGAUCCAUCAAAAGCUCUACCUGGCGUAGCCUCAAAUCAAACCGAUCCAAAGCGAGGUCAGCUGCAGCAAACACGUCUCAUGAGUCAGAUGAUGGCUGGCCUGACGAGACUGAUAGCCUUGAUCGCUCAUCUUCGGCUUCCUCAAACUCGACUUCAACGUCCAAUUCGGAUCCUUCAUCAUCCGAAUCUUCCCUACUCAACAGAAGAACGGAUGGCCUAAAUGAUCAUCGCAUCGAGGUUAUACCCCUCACUCAUCCUCUGCCGGGCAUCAAGUCCCACAGUUGGCACCCCUCAGACAUCGAAAUGACCAAGGCACAGCGUUUAUCAACUCAAUCGGUUUAUAUAAUCGAAGAUGACCUGCAGGUCCAAUUUCUUGGCUGGAGGUCUGUCGGUUGGAGAGUCGCCCUCUGGUGGCUAGGAUCUGUCAUGUCAGCUGGCGUACUAUGGCUGGUAGGACGCUGGAAAGUAGCCUGGAGAUUAAAGAUGGGAAUUUUGGAACCGUUCAAUCAAGCCUCCCACGUUGUGGCCUACACCGAAUAUGGCCAGCCGGACAUAAUUGAUCUUCAAACACUCACUUUCAAUCAACCCGUCAAGCUUUCUACGCUCUGUCCUCCGAGCCUCCGAGUCCCUCCGACCACCAAAGACGAGCCCUUGAUUUCCUUAAGUGAUAAUACGGGCGUCUCGUCUUCGCAUCCUGACCCUAUUGGUCCGGUACCCCAAGUGGCCGUCAACCAGCGGCUAUCCGAGUUGUACUUAACAGAGAUUCGCUAUAUCGACUUUCGCUACCAUCGUUUCUUGCUGCAUCCUAUCACUCAAGCCUUUAUGAGGGCUCGUGACUGGCAGGAUCCUGCAUGGUCGACAUCUGUAGCCAAUCUUGCUGCGGGAUUAGACCAACAAGAAAGCCUCCAUCGCGCCCAACUAUUUGGCAAUAAUAUCAUAGAAGUGGUUGGUAAAAGCACAUCGCAGCUUUUAAUGGACGAAGUUCUUCAUCCGUUCUAUAUCUUUCAAAUCGCCUCAAUCAUCUUAUGGUCAGCCGAUGACUAUUACUACUAUGCUUUUUGCAUCGCAUUGAUCAGUGUGAUCAGUGUACUAUCCACAUUGAUGGAUAUGAAAAGAACCCUUGCUCGUAUGCGCGAGCUUUCGAGGUUUACUUGUGCGAUUAAGGUUCUACGGGGUUCUAGUUGGCAAUCCGCCGAGUCAACCGAGCUUGUUCCUGGCGACGUCAUCGACGUAUCCGAAACUAGUCUCCAUACCUUUCCAGCAGAUUUGCUCUUACUCUCAGGAGAUGCCAUCGUCAACGAAUCCAUGCUCACAGGUGAAUCGGUGCCGGUGUCAAAGUUUGCGCUCCCCAGCUCCAAUUUGGGUUUGAUGACUUCAUUAAACGGUGACCCCUCUCCGGCACUCGCCAAGCACAUCUUGUUUUGUGGGACCAACGUCAUCCGAGUUCGCAAAGCCAACCAAUUGGCUCGGUCGAAAGGCUCGGUUUCUGAAAAUGCAGCUCUAGCUAUGGUCAUCAGGACUGGUUUCAGUACUACAAAAGGCGCCUUGGUCCGAUCGAUGCUAUUUCCCAAACCCAUGGACUUCGCUUUUUACCGGGAUUCUUUUCGAUUCAUUGGGGCCUUGGCCCUCAUAGCUAGUUUCGGAUUCAUAGGAAGUUCGAUCAAUUUCUUGCGAAUGGGGAUCGACUGGCGUACGAUAAUGGUUCGGGCGCUUGACUUGAUUACCAUCGUCGUCCCUCCCGCGUUACCAGCCACCAUGUCGAUCGGCACUACCUUUGCUAUGUCUCGCCUACGCAAAAGAAACAUAUUUUGUAUAUCUCCCAACCGGGUUAAUAUUGGAGGGAAAAUUAACUUGGUAUGUUUUGAUAAGACAGGCACAUUGACCGAAGAAGGGCUUGAUAUUCUUGGCGUCAGGACAGUCGAUAGAUCGGAUGGCAACUUUAGUGAACUUUACGACGAAAUCAAUAAUGUACCUGUAAUUGGUGCUGAGGACCUCAAGACGCCAUUAGUCCAUGCACUUGCUACGUGCCAUGGGUUAAAAGCUGUGAACGGUCAAAUCAUAGGGGAUCCGCUGGACUUGCGCAUGUUCGAAUUCACAGGCUGGUCAAUGGAAGAAGCUGGUGAUAGUUUAGGUCCCAGUAAUCUGCCAGAUCAGAAUCAAAUUUUGCUAUCGUCACAACCACAUAAAACCCCUAAAAUGAUUGAACGUCAAGCUGCUUUAGUUCAAACCAUCGUACGACCGCCAGGUGGCUCCACAUUUGAAGUAGAAGAUGCUUUAAAAUCUACCCGAUUUCUAGAAUUAGGAAUCAUUCGAACUUUCGAUUUCGCAUCCGAGUUGAGGAGGAUGAGUGUUCUGGUCAAGAAACUCAAAUCCUCGACUAUCGAGGCGUACGUCAAAGGCGCCCCUGAAGCAAUGGUGGAAAUUUGUAUGAAAGAGACGCUUCCGGCAGAUUACGAUGAGUUUUUGAACUUCUAUACGCGGCAUGGCUACCGUGUAAUCGCUGUGGCAGCCAAAUCUUUUCCCAAACUUUCGUGGAUCAAAGCACAGCGGCUAACGAGAUCGCAGGUUGAAUCUGAACUUCGAUUUAUUGGAUUUGUUAUAUUCGAAAAUAAAUUGAAGCUAGGGACUGAACCCGCAAUCCAAAUAUUAAAGAACGCACACAUUGGUGUACGCAUGUGUACUGGGGAUAACAUCCGCACUGCCAUCAGUGUCGGUCGAGAUUGUGGUAUGAUAGAAGAGUCUAUGCGUGUUUACCUUCCCACGUUUGUUUCAGGCUCAUCAAGUCUUGCGGAUUCAAGUAUCGCAUGGUUUGACAUCGAUAAUGAGUCUGCUCUCCUAGAUCCUUACUCGCUCAUGCCUAUUCCUAAUGAAAAUGAAGGAAGCGAUACAAGGUCCAUGGAUUCCCGUGCCACAACUGUCCGGUCUGAAGAUUACGUGCUUGCAGUCAGCGGCGAUGUGUUUCGUUGGAUUAUGGACUAUGGUUCACUCGAAACCAUUGAAAGAAUGCUCUACAAAGGUGUCAUAUUUGCCCGGAUGUCGCCCGACGAAAAACACGAAUUGGUGGAGCAGCUACAAGGAUUAGACUACACCGUUGGUUUUUGCGGGGAUGGGGCCAACGAUUGCGGUGCCUUGAAAGCAGCCGAUGUUGGUCUGUCACUUUCAGAAGCCGAAGCCUCUGUGGCUGCUCCAUUCACCAGCCGACAACCUGAGAUUACCUGCUUUAUCGAACUCAUAAGAGAGGGUCGAUGCGCUCUGGUCACCAGUUUUUCAUGCUUUAAGUACAUGGCCCUUUACAGCCUCAUCCAGUUCACCACAAUCACUCUACUCUAUAGUCUACCUUCAUCAUUGGGAGACUUUCAGUUCCUGUACAUUGAUUUAUUUAUCAUCAUCCCGGUUGCUGUCACAAUGGGAAGAACGCACCCCUAUGGCAGGAUAGCAGCCAAAAGACCCACCGCGAACCUAGUAUCCAAGAGAGUACUCACCUCGCUUCUCGGCCAGGUCCUUAUCAACUCCACUAUCCAGUUGCUGGUCUUCUUGCGGGUUGCUUCGCAGCACGAACCAAUUCAAGUUCCGGCGAAUGGCGAAAAACUACCGACAACUAAUCAGGAAAAUUCGGCCCUCUUCCUCGUCUCAAUCUUUCAAUACAUUUUAGUCGCUGCCACUUUCUCAGUCGGACCUCCUUAUCGGAAGCCAAUCUUUUCGAACUAUCUGCUUGUGUUGUGCCUCUUAAUUCUUGGCGGGUUUUCACUCAACCUGCUCUUCGUCGACUCAGGUUUUCUUUUCAACCUACUCGAGUUAGUUUCGCUGGACUAUGCGCUCCGACUAGAGUUGCUCCUGUGGAUCUUUUUCAACAUCUUUUCCAGUUGGAUCUUUGAGAAUUAUGCUACUCAACCAAUUGCUCUAUGGGUUGGUGGACAAUCGAAGUUGCUGCGGAAAAGGUGGAACAUGUUGUUUGGUCUCGAUGGCUCAUCCAAACGAGACCGCAAACGGUAUAAAAUUAUUGCUGAUAACAUGGACACGCCUUGA